GUUAUUGAAUUUUCGUUAAUACAAUUCACAAUACCUUUUAAGAAUAAUUAUGAUUUCGAUUUUAAAAUUUUAAAUAGUAAAUACCAAUCUUUGUCAUGGGCAACAUAUAAUAGCUAUUACCCAUCUAGAAAUGGGUUAUUUAAAUUGUUUCUGUUUUAAAAUGUUGAUAACUUAAAUCAAUUUUUCAUGUUUUUUAUGUAUACUAUUAAUUAUUAAAAAUACUAUUCAAAAUAAUUUUAAUUAUUGUAUAUCAACUACAGUAUUAGCAUUAUGGACAAGUUAUGUCAUAGCGAAAGUAUUGUGGGCAAAAGCUUUGAAUACUGGAAAAAUAUAUAUGAUCAAGGUAUUAUUGAUCUCCAUGCAGUUCAUCUACAACUUAAUCAUUUAACAUAUGCUCUUAAUCACAACUUGAUUACCAAUGAAGAAUAUUAUAAAUACCGAUAUGACUGAUUCUAUAAACAAAGAACUUGUUAAACAAGUACAAUUAUCUCUAUCUAAAUAUAUUAAUAAGCCACAGCUAACAGAAAAACUGCUAAAUAAACCGCCAUUCAAAUUUCUUCAUGAUAUCGUAACAAAUGUCAUCCAGAGCACUGGUUAUUUAACAGGUGUUUUUACUGAUGAAGAAAUGAUAUCUACAAAUGUUACUACAAAAGAAACUAAGAUCAAAUUUUUAGAAAAACUUAUAACUGCCAUCCAAUCAACAACAAAUAAAACAAUAUCAGCAAGACCCUCUAAAAUUGUUGCAGGACUUGAAGUAACAAAGACUUUAGAGUUACUAAUAGCAAUUGUUUUUGGAAUAGAAACAAAAAAUAAAGAAGUUAAGGAACAAAGUUCUACUAAUACAAAAACUAAAAAACCAGAAACUACAAAAAUUAAUCAAAAUAAAAUAAAACUGUCAGAAAAAACCAAAUCAAUAGAAAAAAAAGUUAAAGAAAAUAUUGAUCAUGGUUCCCAAAAAAAAAUACAAAAAUCUGAUAGUAUGGAAUCAUCAGUAGUUAAAAACGAUGAAUCCAUUAUUAUAGAGAUGGAUACAACAACAAAACCUGUUGGAGAAUUCACUGUAAAACCAGUUGAUGAAGAAAUAAAGAAUAUUGUGGAUAGUUCUAUUAAAACUGAAGAACUCAAUGAAAACAAAUUACAAUCAACAUUCAAAUCUAAAUUAGAAAAAAAAAAUACUGAAUCAUUAGAAAAAACUAACUCAGAAGAGAAUUCACUUCGGAAAUUAAGUGAAACGCAUGAUAUUAGUAAACCAUUAAGGCCCAAAAGCUCAAGACCACCAGCACCAAAUCGUCGUCCUCAAUCAAAUACAUAUGCAGAGAUUCCCAAACAUUCAGACAAUUUUUUUUCAAAAAACGAUGAUAAAAUAAAUGACAUUGAUGAUAAUAUUGUUACAAUUGAAGUACUAAACGAUAAUAAGUCAAAUUAUGAUUCUUAUACCCAGGAAGAUGGACAAGGGCAUCUUGUAUCACAAAUACUUCAAACACAAAUAGAAUUUAAUACUAAAAAAAAGACAGACUCUUCAAAAAUAGAAUGGGAAGGAAAAAGUGCUAAGGAUCAAGAGAUGUUAACUAAAGAAAUGGAUACAAUCAGGCAAUUUAUUCAAGACAUAACAAAAUCUGCAAAUCCAUUAAGUAAACUUAUCAACAAUAUGCAAGAAAAUAUUGAUCAAAUGAAUCGAGAAUUGAACUACUGGAAAAAUUUUACUGAAAAAACUAAUGAAAAGCUUGAUAUACAACAGCGAAUAGCUGAAGAAAAAAUUAAGCCAAUGGUUAUCUUAUUGGAAAAACUGAAUACUGAAGUUAAAGAUGAAUUGGAAAUGAUGGAUUACUGUAAAGCAAACAUUAUGAAAAACAAAUCUCAUAUUAACUAUUUAGUUUCAGAAAGGUUUAUGUUAAAAAAGUAAUUAAAUAAAAUUGUUUUUUUUAAACUUAGGGAAUAAUAAAUUUAUGGCUUUAUUGUUAUUUAUUAUCUAGUUAGCUAAAAAAUGUACUACUUAGUUAAUCACUGAAAUAUUUUGAUCUCACAUUAAACGUUAUAAGAUUUAAAAAAAAAAAUUGAUAUGUAUCAAAACACAAGUUUUCUACGGACUUGUAUCUAGGCCUGAAUCUGAUGUAUCGCUGGGAUAUAGCAUAUCAUAUAUCUUGUCCUUUUGAUUGUUUGUUUUUUGUAUUGAUACGUAUUGAUACUCUUAGAUUUCUUCUAUAAAAAUCUUGAUUAUUUUUUUUUUCUUACACUCAAUAAAAAUGUAAUAAAAAGACACUAAAA